CUCACGACCGGAAGUCAGCGUCUAGCGAGGUGGGCUUACCGGUGCGGGGUGUGGGCUCCCCUGCUGUGGGGAAGAGGGCCCUUCUCUCCCCGCAGCCUGGCUCCCCGCCCCCGCACACACCGCUCCACCGUGGGGUCGCCGGCCCGAACACUUCUCAGCGAUCCAGAGCCCCGCCCUCCCUACCAGGCUGGGACUGCCGGGGAAGGGGAUGGCCGGUGGACGCUUGGGCCAGCUGCCUUGGAGGGACGCAGAGUCUGCCUCCUUGACCCUCUCCUCCAACGCCUGGAGCGAACUCCCUUUUCCUGGAGCGAGGAGCAGCCCGGACCUUGAGGCAGGACUAAGCCUGUUGGGGUCUCUGUGUGGCCUGCAGGUCUCCUGGAGAAGCCCAGGGAAGGCCAGGGUCCUUCGAGUUCUGGGGUAUAGGUCAGGAUGUUCGGUCCACGCUGUGUGACCGCUCUCAGCGCCCUGCGCCCAGGCAUCAGCUUUAUAUGGCAGAGCCAGAUAACAAUGAGGCGCCGACCGGAAGUAAUAACCAGGGCACUCUCAUUCAGUAUGCUGGCUCUCAAAGUGCUCACACCUCAGCGUCAAGCGCCAGGACUCUUGUCCUAACUUCCCGGGUCGCGACUUCACAGAUUUCUGCUGAUUUUUUCUUGCACCGACAACUGGAUGAAGCCCUUGGUGGUGGUCCUGCAGGCCACACCCUUUCCUCUGGCAGCCAGUCUAGGGGGUGAGGGACAGGCCACCACACUUCUUCUCACCACCAGGGGCCGCCCUUUGCGGUGGAACAACCGCUCAGGUCCGUAGAGCAGCCGGGACGAUGGGGUGGGAGGCACUGAGGACUUUGGUCUUGUGUACAUAAUUAGAUGGCUCUGGCCCAAGGCCCAGCAUCCAUCUCCACUCUGGUCUCAGCUUUUCCGUUGGUAAAGGUGGGGAGGGUGAUCUCAGGGCUCUCCACACCUAUCAAGGAAGGAUGUGCAGAUGCAGACACAUCCAUUUAAUUACGGUGGGAGCCCAGAGAGUGUGUCGGGGACAGACUGCCGUGGUCUGGGACCCCUGCUGAGGGUGACUUCAGCUGUGGCCUGAAGGAAGAGGAAGGCAAGGGGCGGGAGUGUUCCUGCAGAAGAAAGGCAAGUGCACAGCCCCCAGGUAAGGAGACUGUUUGAGACUAGAAAGAGAUGAACAGAGCCAGGUACUAUUAUAAGUGUUCGCAGCCAUCCUGCCCCCAUCUUACCCAGGCUUCCUGCUACUGGGACAUCUGUUGGGUUCUCCUAAGGGCAGAAUCUCAGCAGUGGGCUAAUGCAUCAAGUUUAAAGACACCUAAAGGAGCUCUGGUGAUCUGCAAGGAUUUUAGUUCCCCGACCAGGGAUUGAACCCAGGCCCUCAGCAGUGAGCGUGCAGAGUCCUAACCACUGGACCACCAGGGAAUUUCCGUGUUUUGCUAUACUUAAGAGUGCUUUCUCUCUGUCAUAUUCUGUAAGGACAAUAAAUAUCUAAAUUCCUUCCACCUGAAAUUUCCUUAAGUCAGCAGAGUGCAGAAUGGGCCAACUGGGCCUAGUCAUGGUGGAACCACAGAGAGAAGGUGAGCGUGAGUGAGUCUGUGGGGAGAAAAUGGAAGGGCUGGGGCUGGAGAGGUAGGUAGGGCUGAUCUUACCAGGCAACAAGAAGCCUUUGUCUCCAUUCAAGGAGCCAUGGUGGGGAGGGCCACGCAAGGAUUCCAGGCAGAGCUACAUCAUGAACGAACCUGUUGUGAGCAAGUUCCCGAACAGGGAAGGGCAGGGUGUGUGGGACAGAGACGGAGCACCCCAGCAGGGGCAGAGGGGACCAGGGCAGUGCCGGCUUGUGCACUUUACCCUAGAGGCCAGGGAAAACCAGCCUCAGCCCCGACCCUAACCCUUGGCGAAUCUGUAGAAAUCUCGUGCACUGCCCCCCAGAAAAACACAAACCACACACCAAGUUCUGUAUCUACUUUCAGAGAGAUGGAAGGAGAGUCUGUCACAAACCUCUGAAGCUGCAGCAAUCCAUGAUCGUGCACCAGUGGGGGACAGGGGCCAGAGACCCCUCUUAGGAGGCUGGUCUGUGUGUCGUCCAUGCUUCAGCCCUCUGUCGCGUGUCACAGCUGCCACCAGAGUCUCAGGAAUCAUGUGGCCUUUGAAGACUGUGGCCAGCUCCAACCCUGGACCCUCUCCCCAGUUCCCCCAGCCCCAUGGCCUCCAAAGACACAAGUUCUUGGCCUUCAUUCUUCCUUUGUGCCAACAGCCAGGACAUCACCAAAAUGAUAACCACAGGAAAGUUACAGUGUCCUAGAAGGAUCUUAUAUUCAUGAUCCUCUUCUGUGUUCCCUCAUUCCCUGGUCUAAACAGAGUCAGACACCAGGCCCUGCCCUUUCUUUUUGCCUCAACACGUCUCAGAAGUCAGAGUUCCAAAAUUCACUCGGGUAACAGAGCACCGGGAAGUUAUGGGCUCCCUAAGGAAACCAGUGAUUACUGAUGUUUCUAAUUCCAUCACAGGAAAGGAGGGUCAGGACCCAAUCCUAGAUGAGGUACAGGAAGCUCAGUGGUUAGUGCACAGGCUGUGGGUUGUGCAAACCUUGGCUUGAAUUCCACCUCCAACACUUACUAAUUGUAUGACCUUGGGAAAGUCACUCCAUUUCUCAGAGUCUCAGUGCUCUGGACUGAAUUGUGUCUCCCUCCAAAUUCAUAUGUUGAAGCCCUAGCCCCCAGUGUGACUAUAUUUGGAGAUGGGGCCUUUAAGAAGGUAAUUAAGGUUAAAUGAAGUCAUAAGGGUGGGGCCCUGAUUCAAUAGGACUGGUGACCUUAUUAGAAGAGAUCAGAAAUCUCUCUCUCUCCAGAAUUCUCUCUCUCCCUGCAUGCACAGAAGAAAGGCCAUAUGAGGACACAGCAAGAAGCUGACCAUCUGCAAGCCAGCAAGAGAGCUCUCGCCAGAAACCAGCCCUGACAGCACCUUGAUUUUGGACUUCUAGCCUCCAGAGCAGUGAGAAAAUAAAUUUCUGUUGUUUAAGCCACCCAGCCUGUGGUACUCUGUGUUGGCAGCCUGAGCUGACUAAUACAUUCAUUCUCCUCGUCUGCAAAGCAGGGAUAAAAUUAGGACCUGCAUCAUGAAGCUAUUGUGAGGAUCCAGUGAGGAAAUUCAUGUGUAAUGCCUGCCUGUUUAACUUUCCUACAGCACCUUCGGCACCUGGAACAGUGCCUGGUGUAUAGUGGAUGUUCAAUGACUACCUACUGAAUGAAUAACUACAUCCACCAAGAAAGGAAGCUGUCAAACUCAAUAUAAGUGUGUAUUUCUGAGCUUUUCACUAACCUCCAUCUUGAUCAUUGAUCGUCACUCACCAGCAAAUGACAGCAGGCACAAAGGAUUUAAGAAAAGUGUCUGCAGGGAUGGUCUCCUGUUUUUAAUUGGAUCUGCCAUUAAUACCCUGUCUUCUGUGAACUGGGAAAGGGCUUGGUCUGGCUCAUCCUGAGUAGAGUCUGAGUCUCUGGGAGGAGGCCACAUUGACCAGGAAGCUUUUGGGCCCUUGGCCCAGCCUUGCGGGCCUGGGCAUUGAGGAGGAAGCUCUUCCUCCCUUGGGGCAGGGGGCAGGAGAUGCAGCUGUGGGAUGCAGUGGUGGGGGAGCUAGGGCUGGGCCCGGGGAGUGGCAUGGACGAAGUUGGUCUGGGGCUGGAGGCCACAGCAGGCCCACCUUCCUGGUGCUUGCACGAUGCAAAUGAUGGGAACAAUAGGGCCCCUGUCCCCAGGCCAUUUGUGGCAGAACCUGGACCCUGGGGAGGCAUAGCUCCUUUACCUUGGCCAUGGUGAGACUUGGUUCUGGGGGCAGCUCCAGGUGCACAGACCUGCCCACCCCUGGGGCCCAGGACUCCGGGCAGGGAGAGACAUCCCACAUGAACUGACCACCCCCUUAUUCUCCUCCCUGACUCUUUCCAGGACAAGCUCAGCAGGAGCAAGGCCAGGUUGGGGCCACACCUUCCACCCCCAAGAUGUGCAGGUAAGUGACCAACCCCCAGAUGCAUAGGAGCCCCUGCGAGUCGAGUCUCCCCUGAGGACUCUGGAUACCUCCUGCCCAUUAUAGUCCGGUGCUGCUAAGUCACUGGGGCCUAGCUCUUCCACCUGUCUCGGUCAGAAUUAGGGAUGCAUGGGGUAGGGGACUGGCAUAGGUGGAACAGGCUGUGAGACCCCCUUAUCUCCAAAACGCCUCACUGGCCUUGCUGCAGUGUUGGAAAGGCCCAUCAUGAAUGGUUCCUUUGAGGCCACUGUAAGCGUGCAGAUGGGUUAUUAUAUUUUGGAGAGAGAGUAAGUCAUUGUGCUAGAGAGGGACUGGGCCACGAGGAGAUGAGGACAGUCUCACCAGUCUCCCAUCCAGACUCCCCUGCUUGGAGAAAAGAUGACCCCUGCCCAUCUCCUCUGUCUGCCCCAGGGACCUGGAGACGCAGGCAUCCCUUCCCAGAAGCCCAGGAGGAGGAGGAAGAAGAGGAGGAUAAAUAUGAGCUGUCCCCCUGUGAGGCUCUGCUCCGCCACCCAGCCCCCGCCCGCCUUCCUGGCACUCAGGAGGACUCUUUGUACUUGGAUCACUCUGGCCCCAGGCCCUCCCGUGUCACCACCGCCACUGCAGCCCCAGCCCGAGAUGAUGAACAGCCUCCCCACCUGCCCCACCCCAGGCUACCAUUUCCCACCCAAGGCAGCGUGGAGCCCGCCGGAGGCCACAAAGCAGAGCUGGCCCUUUGGGAGGCGAGAGCUGGGUGCACCAGACCGGGCGGUGCCGGGCCCAGCAAAGAAGCCCGAGGAGGACAUUUACCUAGAUUGUGAGCCCAGUCCAGUCCCGGCCUUGCCUCAGACUCUGAGCUGCCAAGUCCUGAGGCCCCCAGUCCCUCUACCAAGGACAUCAGUGGGGCCCAGGCCCACCACAGCCCCCCAGGAAGCUCAGAAUCAUCCUGUGUGCCAGGGAGCGUCGAAUGCCACCUCUAAAGGACCUGCACCAAAUCAGGAAGCUCCCAACCUGUACCUUAAAAUCACUCACUUGGAGGUCACGCGUGGCCUGGCCGGAAGGAUAGCCUCUCUUUGCUCUGUAGCUGCCACCCAGAAUGCCUCAGCUGCUGAGCUCCAGGCGCGGACACAUCUUUGUUCUGCUCGAGUGGCCGUGAGCACGAAUAACUGCAACCUGGGGGUUCUCUGCUUCCCACCCCCGAUCCGGUGCCCUGGCACAUCGCUGAGCCGCUGUGUGUGUAUGUACAGGAAGGCGAUCUGCUGGGCCAGCCUUGGUACUCAGGGAACUGUGACCGCCAUGCUGUUGAGAGUGCCCUGCUCCGACGCCAAAAGGACGGGGCCUACACCGUGCGCCCCAGCUCAGGCCCUCGUGGUUCUCAGCCCUUCACCCUGGCAGUACUUCUCCACGGCCGGGUCUUCAACAUUCCCAUCCGCCGGCUGGAUGGCGGGCGCCACUACGCCCUGGGCCAGGAAGGCAGGAACCACGAGGAGCUCUUCUCCUCCGUGGCCGCCAUGGUCCAGCACUACCUGCAGCGCCCCCUACCGCUCGUGGACAGACACAGCGGCAGCCGGCAGCUCACCUGCUUGCUCUUCCCCACCAAGCCCUGACGCCACAGCGCACGUGCACCCCGGCCUCCGGUUCCAUAGUUUGCUCCUCGGGCUGUCUCCCUCUCCUCUCCCAGGUCUCCACCCCGCCAGCCCCCGCUCCUCCAUCCCGUGCCCCAGUCCCUGCACGCCUCCCUGAGAGGCAUUGGGAAGGGUCGUCCAGAGACAGAAAGGGUCCCUAAGAUCCCACCCCAUGCUCACCCAGAGCCUGGCACUGCCACUCCCUGCUGCACCUCCAAGACUGGGAAUCAGGGGACAGGCAUGGCCUCCCAAGCUGCUCUGAAUGAAGGCCUCCUGCCUCAGGGGGAUAGUAAGGGCACUGCUUCUACACAAAGGGAAUCCUCUCACAUUCUGGAGGAGGCUUAACACGGGGCUGGCAUGUGGAAGGAACUUGGUCGCCCUGAACAUAGUUUGCUUUCAAUAAAUAUCUGUUGAAUGAAUUCUUGAAUUCCGUUGAGUGAAGCAGAGAUGGCCUCCAUGAGGCGCCAAGGUUUGCAAGUGCCCCAGGGCACAGCCUGGGCCCGGGAGCGCCGGAGCAGUGGUGGCCAGGCCAGGACAGAGGAGCCAGCCCCAUUUCUGCCCCUGACUGGGGCCUUGGCCCUUAGAUGGUCUGUGGUGGCCGCCCCGGGUGGCUCAGUUUUGUUUCCUUCU